UUACUCCUGGGGGGCGGGGCGAAGGCCAGGCUUGGAGAAGAGGCGGGGCGGCGGCUGCGCGCAUGCGCGGAAGAGAGCUGAGGGGCGGUGGCUUCGCGGCUGGCCUGGCGUGAGUGGUUAGAGACGAAAUGCAGGACCCCAAUGCAGACACCGAGUGGAAUGACAUCUUACGCAAAAAGGGCAUCUUGCCCUCAAAGGACAGUUUGAAAGACUUGGAAAAGGAGGCAGAAGAGGAGGAGCAGCGUGUCCUUGAACAGUCAGUUGUGAAAACGUAUGAGUCUAUGACCUUGGAAGAACUGGAGGAAAAUGAAGAUGAAUUUAAUGAGGAAGACGAACGUGCCAUUGAAAUGUACAGGCAGCAGAGACUGGCCGAGUGGAAGGCAACAAAACUCAAGAAUAAAUUUGGAGAAGUUUUGGAGAUCUCAGGAAAGGAUUAUGUUCAAGAAGUUACCAAAGCCGGUGAGGGCUUGUGGGUAAUCUUGCACCUUUACAAACAAGGGAUUCCCCUCUGUGCCCUGAUAAAUCAGCACUUCAGUGGACUUGCCAGGAAGUUUCCUGACGUCAAAUUUAUCAAAGCAAUUUCAACAACCUGCAUACCCAAUUUUCCUGAUAGGAAUCUGCCAACAGUAUUCAUUUACCUUGAAGGUGAUAUCAAGGCUCAAUUUAUUGGGCCCCUGGUAUUUGGUGGCAUGAACCUGACAAGAGAUGAAUUGGAGUGGAAAUUGUCUGAGUCUGGAGCCAUCAAGACAGACCUGGAGGAGAACCCAAAGAAGCCAAUUGCAGACGCACUGCUGUCCUCCGUGCAGGGCUCCGGCCCUGGGAGGAGGGGCAGCGGGUCUGAGGACCACUGAGGCCACCGUCCGGGAAUGUGCUGAGCUUUCUUGAUGUGACAUCUUGUCUGGAUUUUUUGAAAAGAAAAAGUAGGAAUGUAUGUUUCAGUUUUUAGCCUUUUAUGAUUAUGUUUCAAAUCUCAUAAAUACCAGAGAUUAUCACUGCUGGGAAUCCUAUUAAGUUUCUUGGGACUCUCUUCUUAAAUUACCAUUGCCUUAAAAAAGUAAAAGUAAUAACUAGCUUUUGGUGUGGCAAAUGUCUACGUUCCUCACUUAUAUUUUAAAUAAGCUGUAAAACUAUUCAUGGUUAGUUCACAUGUACUUAUAUAGAAAGGAAUAUGGAGUUUUGAAAAAAUGUGAGUAAAUUAUACAGUGGAAAAAUUGCAAACUAAGCUUUGCAAUUACAUUUUGUUUAUUUUUGUUUUAUAAAGCAGCAACAGGAUUAUUAAAUAAAGGAGUGAUUGGUAGGGAAAAAUCUCAGUAUUAUAUUUAAAAGGAAUAGGCAAUUUUUAUGAAACAAAUAUUGUCAUGUCAAACCAAUAACUGAAAGAUUCCAGUUUACUGCUAUUUUGGGUUAAAUGUUUUUUCCUAGUUAAAAUAAUUUUUUGCCUUAGACUGCUGAGAUGUCAGCUACCCUCUAUUACUGUCAAAGCCCACCUUAAAUUCUUUUUUGGAAAUAAACUGAUAUAAGCAAACAUAAA